CUCCCACAACGACGACAACAAAGACCACCACAACACCAACGCCCACUACGACUACCACAGCCACCACAACUACACUUCGAACAACGACAACAUCUUUAACGACAACUACCACUCGACUUACAACAUCGACGCCAUCCCCUUCUAUGACGAUGGUCAUCUCGACGUUUCCGGCAUACGGCACCGCCCAGAUCACGUGCACGCUGAUCGCAGGCUCCUACCAGAUUCUGGCCAUGUUCCGUGCUGACGUCACGUCCUCCACCGGCUUCUCCCCCCUGGUGGCCUUCACCCCCACUGCGCCCCCCAACUUGAGCGUGGAUGGAGCUUUGUACGCAGCGAAUCAAUCCACCGUGGGCUUCACUCACUCCUUCACCCUCCAGUUCAAGCGUGUGAGUUGUGUUGACGAGUCGACCUACAGGUGCCGAGCUCUCGUCCCCAACGCUGUGCUCUCUGCCGAGGGUGUGGCUAAAAUAUUCCUCCGACGGGAAGACCAAGAGACCCGGGUCAUCGUCCCGUCCCCCAUCAGCGCCAACCAGGUGGUGACCAUCUUCUGCACGUCCAUCGAGUUCCGGAACUUCACGGUCGUUUGGCAGCUCCGGCGUGCCCUUGACCCUAACUUCGCCAACUUCGUGUCCAUCGCCUUCCCAGAGCAGAAUCUUUUUGCUGAGGACUUGGCGGGAUCAACGAAAGACAUUGGCCCUUGUGUAUACCGCAGCAACAACGUGGUGGUACGGACCUUCAACUUGCAGUCUAAUGGCGACGAACUCCGAUGUCUUUCCGGGUCAACUGGGGGCGUGUCUGACUCCACCCAGCUUGUGGUCGUUCCUUGAUUGGUCAAGAGAUGUG